GGCAUUUAGUGUUCCCUGUGUGAAUACGUGCUGAGUAAAUGAGUUUGUUAGCCUUGGAAAUGAAACUGCCAGUUAUUUUACCAGCAAGAAUUUGUUUAUUUGGGAAUAGCAGAGAAUUGCAGUUAUGCUUGAUUUUCAUCCCUUUGUUACCAGUAAGGAAACAGUGUCACGCAGGUAGUCCCCAUUCAGGGCUUGAAUUGGAUCCCUGGCUGUUUUCCCAGCAGCAGUCUAGGGGUAGUUUAGGUGCAGAGUUUGGAAGGAGGGUGACUUAAACCGUUGGAUAGCACCAGCUUCUCUGGGACAUAGUGUACUCCUUAGGUAAGAUGACGUCAGUAAUCUUUGCCGCACGGUGUCAUCAUGAAGGCCAGGAUCUAAGAGAGGUGUCCUAGGCGGUGGGUAGUAUUUUUCCAGUCAUAUUACACAUUAUAUUUCUGUGUUUGGGAAAUAAGGUCUCAGUUGGGGGUUUGAACUGGGAGCUAAAGAAAAGGAAAAUGUGUAAUUCUUCUUGCCUGACUUGGCUUGAUUUUUGCAAAAUAUAAAUUUUACGUUUCUGCCAAGAAUACCGAGGAACUUUGAUCUAGCAGAUGACCAAGGGCUGUGGAGGUGGGGACCUGGCCUCGGAGGAAGGUGGUUCCCUCUACCAUGGAUCAGAAAGCCGGUUUCUGGGACGCGGUCUUCAGUGGAGCCGGACCACAGACAACCCCAGAGUGGUUCCUGCCCAAGCUGUGUCUGGAAUGAAGUUUCAAGGACCAAGGAACUGUGGAGGCAGCUGUGUCUGAGGCGCUGGUCCUCAUGCAAAGCCUCCCAGAUGACCUUGGGCACGCAGACGUGGAAACAGUACUAUCUGUGCCGCGCCGAGCUGGAGUUCCGGAUGGAAUGUGGGCGGCCGGAGAAGGACUUCAUCUGCAAAGCCAUUGCUGGGCACGAAGGAGGCAUAGACGAGCUGGCCUACGUCUCAGACAGCGGGUGCCGGUUUGAUGGGCAGGAGAAGUCGGUGGUGUGCACCGUGUCCUCGGACAGCACUGUGCGUGCCUGGGAUGUGCAGGAGGGCGCAGAGAUCUGGUCAAGCCCUGUGCAGCCUGCCGCUCUGGUGAAUUUGGUGACCUUCCCCCGGCUGCAGCUGGUUGUCACCGUGGACAAACUGGGCCUGAUCAAGGUGUGGAAGGCGGAGAACGGCCAGGAGUCGGCUUCCUUCUCCCUGCCUGCGCACUCGUCCGCCUUGCAGGCCUGUGACCGUCCGGAGGGCCCCUUCCUGCUGGUGGCCUCGGCUGAGGGCAUGCUGUAUGCGCUGACUGUGCCCCACCUGCGGCUGCUCUCCAGGACUGGGGUGUUUCCAGGCAGCCCCACCAGCCUCCUCUGCUCUCCUGACUGCCAGUGGGUGUUCGCUUCGACCCAGGACUCAGACCUGGGCCCAAAGGUGUUCUGCACUCGCUCCCUGCUCGCUCCGGUGGAAGAGGAGCCUCCCGUCUCUACCACUCUGCCCAUCUGGCGGAUUUCCAGAGCCUGCUGGGCCCCUGACGAGACGGCCAGGCUGAUGGUGAUGCACAGAAACCAUGACAGCGGGCAGCUGGCCAUCACCACCUAUGAACUGGAGGCCAAACAGUCCCAGGAGGGAGUGGACGUUGUCGUACAACAGAUUGCAAGUUUCCUCCUGCCGGACACCAUGACGCCUCCUCACCUCAUGAAGGCCCGCGACUCUCAGGUGAUCCUGCUGGUGUCGGGCUUGGAGCUGGUGCUCUUCACCGUCCAGGGCCUGCAGCUGGCAGCCUUCCGGGACCACCAGAAGCCCAUCACGGCCCUGUGGGUGGACGAGAGUCGAGUCCUCACUGCUUCCUUCGACCUCUCCCUGCGAGUCUACGUGUGGAGCAAGGAGAAUCCGCUUCCUGUCCUGAAGAGCUGCUAUCACCUGCUCGGGGGCUCGCACAGGUGGGCCAGAUGCCGAGCGUCAUCUACGUCAUCUCUAGUGAACAAAGCCGGCCCCCGCGGUCGUGCCGCCCGCUCCCCCAGAUCAGACCGAGGCGCGGAGAUGCGGCUGUUGCGCCCACAGCCCUGCAGGGACGCACAGCGACACCCAGGCGGGCCCGGCCUGGACCUGCAGCCCUAAUCUCAUGCCCUAAGCCACACGGUUCCAAAACCACUUACCAAACACAGGUGGGGUGGAGUCAGUGGGGGUGGGAUGGGAAAAGUCCCAGACAGUGCAGUUUUGCUUUGAGUUCUGUCAUUAGUAUUUUGGAAUCAUUUGUUUCUUCUUGCCAGAUGGAGUUCUACAAACAGGGCGGACAGAGCUGCCCUGGGCUGCUCACAGUGAGGUGGCCGACCGCCUCGUUGACUUGGUAUGAGGUCUGGGGUGAUCUCAGCUUGUCAUGGCAGGCCUUGUACUGUCGCAAAUGGAAAAUGAAAAAACACUGAAUACUGAAAAAACUAGAUUUCUGUCACAAACCUACCUCAUUUCUGAGUUUUCAAUGAGUUGUUAUUUGAAGAUAAUUAUUAAAACUCCUAAUUAAUAUAGAAAAACUUCAUUCCUUUUAGUAAACCAGCUCAACUUUCUGAUAAGAAGUAGAGAUCGAACUUAAAUCUUCCGAUGAUCGGUGAGCUGUAACGCUCUACUGACUUGCUAAGCAAAGCAUAGAGGACAGCCUGCCGCUCUCAUUCUGAGAAGGCUUCCAUCACUUGCUGCUUGACCCAGGAUUCCUCCUUCGGUUCCUUUGACGUUCACACCUGCGUUGCUGUAUUUUUGCUAGUUAAUGGCCCUUCAUGCGCCUGCCCUUCAGGUGUGGGGGCAUCAUGGCCUCAUCAUGCUGAGUCUGCCUGUGACCAGAGGCUGGCAUUGGUGACAAGCCCCUUCGGUGGGCGAGGUCCCACUUAGACGUGUGGGCCGUCGUGAUGGCUCCUCCUCCGGCGGCGGGAAGCCUCUCCCCGCUGAGGGACAUAGCGCUGACUCUUGUACUCAUGGUCGCUGGAGAGCGACCAGGUGGGGAGGUUGCCCUUGAGGGGCUCGUGCUCCCAUUCUGGCCUCCAGAUAUACGUGGCCCCACUCUUUUCUACGUGUGUCCUUAAAGAAUUCUCUACACCCUUACUGAGUGGUUAGAGCAUCCUUUCACUGAAAUAACACCGUUCUCAACUUAGCAGGCAAGUGGCGCUUUUAGAAACUUCCUUUUUACGUGUCUUUUUUUUUUUUUUUAAGAUUUUAUUUAUUUAUUUGACAGAGAUUACAAGUAGGCAGAGAGAA